AUGAAGGCGACGGCUGAAUACGCGACAGCUAAAAUAGCGGUGUGGUGGGACAUGAAGGACUGUCCGAUUCCGGAGGGUUAUGACUCUUGUCGGAUCCGAAAGAUUUUAGAAGGGGCGUUCGAGGAACAAGGCUACUCUGGUCCAGUCUCUAUCACUGCCUAUGGUGACCAAACAGAAACCCCUGGCUACAUCCUGCAAGGGCUCUUUUCCACUGGAGUCUCUGUAGCACAUACCAGAUCCGAAAGCAAAAACCACCUCAUGUAUCGGGAUAUGGUGGAAUGGAGAGGUCAGAAUGCUCCUCCGGCUACAAUGAUGAUCAUAUCAGAUCUGGUGGCCAAGGGAAAUCAAUUCUCCUGGGAUCUGGUCCGGCAACAACAACGGACGCUAUACAACCUUUUUCUGGCUUAUUCAGUUAGGCCACAAGGACUGAAUAAUGUCCUCUCAACAAGUGAAGAGUGGUGCAGGAACAAAUUACUAAAAAAUAAACUUAGCGGACCACUUGUUGUUGUUCAGGGAGCCAAGUUUUAUUGCAAAUCGUGCAAUUUCGAUAGCCAGAGCCCUGAGAAAUUCAGGAAGCAUCUCUCGAGUUAUAAGCAUGCACGGGAAGAGGAUGUAAACCAUGGGUUCGAGAAGGUCCGACGUUACACGGAGGAUUGGAGAAGAAACUACAAGGCGACGCCUGAAUUUGCGACAGCUAAAAUACAGGUGUUGUGGGACAUGUUUGACUGUCCGAUACCCGAAGGUUAUGAUGCUCGUCAGGUCCGUCCGAGUAUAGAAGCGGCAUUCAAGGAUCUAGGUUACUCUGGUCCUGUCUCCAUCACUGCCUAUGGCUACCAUAAACAUACUCCCCUACAAGCUCUCUCUUCCACUGGUGUCGAUGUUGUACAUACCGUUCCCGGCAGAGGCCAAAGUGACAUUAACUUUCACCAGCGAGAAGAGCCAGACGUCAGGAGAGGAAACGUUUGCUUUGGUGUUGAGGAAGAUGAAGCGGCGGCACAUUCGCUAGAGGCACCGCGUCGCGAAUCCCGUUCAGCUUCGACAAGUCAAAGCAAGCCAUCUGUGAAGAUGACGAACCGAAACAAAGUCACGUCACCAACAGAUCUUCACGUCGGAGAUGGAUUUGGAUGUGACGGGGACGUCAAGAGCCCUCUCACAGCGCCAAGCGGCACUGGAGAGGCGAUCGGAGCAAGGGAAAAAGGAGGCGCGAGGUUAGGGUUGAGAGGAAAUUUUGGGGGCGCCUGA